UGCUAUCAGUUUGCUACGGUUUACUACCCGCAACGGUCGACAGCGGAGCAAGGCGAGCUCACGCGGCCGUGUUCGUGACAAAAUCUUCAUUAAAAUCUCGCUGCCCGCAACAAGCUGCAUCUCCGAACUAUAACUAAUUAGUGUAUUCGCAAGUGAGUGUUAUCAUGUUGCUUGCAACACGCGGCAGUUACGGUUUGUGCAUUGAACGUUUGCUUGUGAACACGCGGUAGAUCAAAAUCUUUGCCAGCCAGUGCAUGGUACCAAUGAAUGGUAGCAUUCUCGGGACUCGCAACCAAUUGAAACUAUACUAAUGCAAACAAGAUGGUCUGCUAAUCAAGAAAGUGCAAUUGGAAUCUUGAAAAAUCAUCGUGUACUAUUUCGAAGCGCCUUCUUGCCACCUCGCGCCGAACCAGCAGCCGAUGGCAGACUGGGUCGCCCGUUACAUCGCCCUUCUUCACGCAGCUGCGGGCCGGCCUUCAACGCUCACCUCCAGAGAUAAGCUCUUUGGCCAGGACAAGAAUAGUUCAUGGACAAGAACGGGUACAAAAAUGUGUGGGUAGUUUCUCAAAAGCAGCGACGUAUGCUCGAAACAGAACUAAUGGAGAGAUUAUCCAGUACAGUCACUAUUGAGGAAACUAGAUAUCACUGCUGGAGGACAUAAGCCGCAGAUUCAAGAGGUAGAGUUAGAUUCUCCCGUUGAUAAAAUACUAGGUGAAAUGGAAAAUUCGAUAAAAAUAUUAUCGAAAAAAUAUAAUUAUCUUUGGAUCGAACGGAAAUUCAGUUCAUAAAAAAGUAUUAUCUUUGGAUCGAACAGAAAUUAAUUUUAUUUAUUUAGUCAUAAUACGGUAGAAACUGUACGUCACGUAUGAAGAAGAAAAUAUCGGGAUAAUGGGAUCUUCACCUUCGUCUUGACGGCAGAGGACCCCUACGUCCUUGAGCUUCAGGUAACGAUGGCUCAAAUGGUUCAUCUUUCAGAACAGACGAUAGUUUUCGUCCCUGUCCCUCUCUUUGAGAUCAUAGCCUCCGGGAACAUAGUCUGGGAUGAACUGGCUGGAGUCUCAACUGUAGUUUCACUCUGGGUCACUCGAAGUUUUAACUGUAAAGUCAACCUGUUUAAAGAUGUCAGCCUUUAAAGGUCAGAUUCCACUUGAUUUGAAUCCUCCUUUUCUGUUCUCCACGGAAGCGAUCUUAGAAAAGCCAUUAUUAAAAAUCU